CCCGCCCAUGGUACAUAAGCUGUAAUCUCAGUUAUUGCUGCCGAUCUGUAAACGUAAGAUAAGAUGUUACCAAGAAGACUAAACGUUGAAGUUGAAAACAGCAAAAUUAUUCCCCAGCCAAGAGGCCACUUUGCUUCUGCGGCAGCUCUCAUAUUUUUUCUCAUUUGCGUCAUCAGUUUGUACAUAUUUGGGACUGAAGAGUAUACAGUUAUGCAUAUUCUGUCUCGAAUAAUAGAGAACUUUGCUAUUGUAUUUUUUGGACAUACUGCAACAAGUAUAUGUGAAUGUUUUGAAGAAUUCAGGCAUGUGAAUACCAGGUACAAUGGAAAAUACUUGAAAGCAAUGAAAGCAAGUUUCAACCCAAAGUAUUUUAUAUUUUUUAUACCAGUCUGUUUGAUAGUAUACCAAAUGGAAUUCUCUGAAUCAAUCAAAGUUGCUCUUAAAGUCCUUUCCUAUGUACUGGCCUUUCUUUUUGGACUUCAGGCUCCUGCACCUGCAACUAUCUCUGAAAUUACAGAAAAAAGAAAAAUGAAUGUUGCACAUGGCUUGGCUUGGUCAUAUUUUGUUGGGUAUUUAAGUUUUAUUUUACCAAAUUUAAAGAACUCUGUGAAAACAUUUAAUGAAGAAAACAACAAUCUACUGAAAUCUCCAGAAAUGUGUAAAUUGCUUAUUUUGAUACCAUUAAGCUGCAGGUUAUGUGAUGAUCUAAAUGGAGCUGAUGAUUAUAUCAAUUUUGAGAAGGAACUUCCACCUCUCUAUAAAGAUCGUGCUGGCAUCAAAGAAAGAGUUUUUAAAAAUAAUGUGUAUCGUAUUUUGGAUGAUGAACACAGGGCACAUUACUGUAUUGUGGAAUAUGCAACACCUCUGUACACGUUAUAUCAAAUGUCAGAUACAUCGAGUGCAGCCUUCAGUUCAGAAGAUCGUGUUGAACAAGCAAAGCUUUUUUAUCGUACACUAAGGGACAUCUUAGAAAAAUCAACUGAAUGUCAAAACACAUAUCGACUAGUAAUUUAUGAUGAUUCGCAAAUGGAUGAAGGGCAGGAGCAGCAUAUAUUAUCCAAAGAAAUACUAAAUCAUUUAAACCAACAAAAUUCUGAGGAAUAUUACCUGGGUCAUAGAAAAGAAUAAUAAUUUUGUGCAAAUCAUUACUGUCAUGUAAAGCUACAAAACUGUGAACAUCACCAAAGGACAGAGAAAGCAUUACAAUCUAUGCAUUUGAGUAUAUUUUAUACAUUUUUGCUUAAAGAUAUUAGCAUUUUUGUUAUUUUGGCUUGUGCUGAUUAGAUGUUUUCAUCAUAUUGUUGGUUUCAAUCUUGCUGAAAUGGCACAGGUGGCAGUAAGAAUGGAAGAUUUUAGUCUCACACAAUUGCUAAUGACAUGGACUUUUUCAGUAGCAGGCUAUCCAUUAUACAAUUAAAUAGGUACUGGAUAAUAACUAUGGUGUUGGUUGAAAGUUUAUUAGACUCAUUCAUUUGUAUUAAAUGUGCAUAUCUACGUACAAUACAUUUAUAGAUAAAGACCCAAAGAGUUAUAAAAGGUUUUUUUUGCUAUAAUUAACACUUGUGGAAUUGUUGUUAACAUCUAAAUACCACUGGCAGGUAGAUGCUACCUUCUGUAGCUACCUCCUCAGGUAGAUGCCAGCUUGUGUGGCUACUCUAUCAUUUCAUUUACAUCUGUUUUGCAACCUUCAUAUGUUUAGUGUAAUUCACUUCCCAUCUUUGUCCGUGACUGCAUACACUUUGCCCUUUUGUAAUUUCCAACUGCUAUGUCUUAACUAAAUAUGCUCAUGCACUCACACACACCAGUUGUAAUUAGGGCCAAUAUAUAUUUCCCUAAUAUAACUCUAUAACCUUAGCCAUUGUUUUGUAUCAACUUUGCCUUUAACCAGACUACUUUUUGUACUAAUCUUUAUGCACCUAGCUUGUUGGACCCUCUUAGAUCCUUUUUUUUUUUUUCUGUCUUUGCAUCAUCUGCCAAAUCUUCUUACCUCUACCUCCCCUCUACCACAAACAUGCUUUUGUCCAUAUCCAAACUCGUCCUCUCUAUCCCCCUUCCCUUCAUCCUGGAACCACACCCAAAAAAUAUUUCAAAUAAAAAAUAAAUAAAUAAAAAAUACUGAUAAACCUAAAUGAAUUUUAAAUGAAUUUAAAAAUAAUAAAAAAUAAAAAUACUAUGCACUGUGUGUCACGUGCUAGAAUACUGAUUUAGUCAAAGCUUAUUCUCUUAUACACAGCUGUUAAAGGGACAGUCAAGUCCAAAAAAAAACUUUCAUGAUUUAAAUAUAGAAUGUAAUUUUAAACAACUUUCCAAUUUACUUUUAUCACCAAUUUUGCUUUGUUCUCUUGGUAUUCUUAGUUGAAAGCUAAAACUAGGAUGUUCAUAUGCUAAUUUCUUAGACCUUGAAGACUGCCUCUAAUCUGAAUGCAUUUUGACCACUAGAGGGCAUUAGUUUAUGAGUUUCAUAUAGAUAACAUUGAGGUUAUGCACGUGAAGUUACCCAGGAGUGAGCACUGAUUGGCUAAAAUGGAUGUCUGUCAAAAGAACUGAAAUUAGGGGGCAGUUUGCAGAGGCUUAGAUACAAGGUAAUCGUAGAGGUAAAAAGUGUAUUUCUAUCACAGUGUUGGUUAUGCAAAACUGGGGAAUGAGUAAUAAAGGGAUUAUAUUUCUUUUUAAACAACAAAAAUUCUGGUGUUGACUGUCCCUUUAAUAUGAAAUUUUAGAAACAUUAAAUGGACAUUUUGAGAUAAAUAUGCAAUAUUAAUUUUGUAUGAACCAGAUUUACUGUGGCUAUUUGUGAACUUUCAGAAAAAUAACAGAAAGUCUUAAUUAACCAAAUGUGAUCUCUCAGUAAAAUUACUUAUGAUAACAUUAAAGGAAUAUGAAACCCAAAAA